AUGGCACUGAUAAGUCAGCUGUUUCAUAUUUACUUAUUAGAUUUGUUACAGUGCAAUGAGUGCACUUUGAAAAUUAUUUAUAAGUGAUCUUGUUAUAAUGUGAUAUUUUAUUUCAACAAGAAUUUGUCAAUUAAAAAAAAAUUAUUGACUAAAGUGGCUUCUAUUUUAUGGAAAUAAAAAUGAAAUUAAUAAUCUGGAUUUUUUUAAUAUUUGUAACAACAGUUUUCUCAGGGCGUGAAGAAGACUUUUCUAGUAAAAAAAAUGAAAAUAAUUCUAGAAAACAUCACAGCCGAAAAAGUGAAUCAGAAAAUAAUGAUAUGGCUGACGUCGGAACCAACUGGAAUGUAAAGAAUAAUAUGGAUAAUGAUUUUGAGUCAGCUUUUGGAUCAGGACGUUCCAUAUCUAAAUAUAAACACAUGAAAGCUAGAGCUUACAAUGCAAAAGGGAAAUUUCAAUCACGUGGAACUAGAGGUUAUGGUAUGGUCUCCUCAGAAUCCUCACAAUUUUUAAUUGAAGAGACUUUGGAUAAAUACGGUCGACCAAAACCUAUUAAAUCGAAAUUCAAAACUCGUGGGAAAAAAAAGAAAUAUUCUAAAAAAAUUGUUCAUAAUCAAUUCGAUAUUAAAGGUCGUUUAUUUGAAGGACGUAAAUAUAAACAAACUGGUGAUUAUCAAGCAAAUGGUACUCAUGUUUACAUCAAUAUGCGAAAUGAAAAUGAGAUGGAUAAUAAAUUGAAAUCAAAUUUGAAUAGUAAUGGACGGCAUGAUAAAAACUUUAGUGUAAUUAUAGAUACCCAAAACAAUCAGGAACGUAAUCAGCAUAUGGCUAUAUUCAAUUCAUAAAAUAUCUCUUGAGGUAUUUAAAACUUUUGUUCAAGCAAUGAAAUUAUAUCAGAUUGAAUAAUUUUAUACAUAACAACCUCCUAAUUACUGUUUUCUUAUAUUCUCUAUUUCUACUUCAAUUUCUCAAUAAUGAUAAUCCAUUUAAAAUAAUAUUUGGAAAUCUGUUUUUCAUUUUUUUUUUAAAACAAACAAACAAUCUACAUGUAAAUCUUGUAAUAUUAACAAUCAAUUUUUGUUCACUGUAGAAUCAAACUAAUAAAUUUUGAAUAGAAUAACAUGAUGAUUCAUUUG